UUAUCUCUCUGCCCCUUCCCUUUGUUCCGCUCGCUCCGACCUUUUUCAAACUCUCUCUCUCUCUCUCUCUCUCUCUCUUCUCGAUGGAUCUGGAUCUGUGGAUUUCGAAGGUGAAAGAAGGCCAGCAUUUAAUGGAAGAUGAGCUUCAACUCCUCUGCGAAUAUGUGAAGGAGAUUCUUAUUGAAGAGUCAAAUGUGCAGCCUGUUAAUAGUCCAGUUACUGUUUGUGGUGACAUCCAUGGCCAGUUCCAUGAUCUAAUGAAACUCUUCCAGACUGGAGGUCAUGUACCAGAGACAAAUUACGUUUUUAUGGGGGAUUUUGUUGAUCGUGGGUACAAUAGUCUGGAAGUUUUCACAAUUCUUUUACUUCUUAAAGCAAGAUAUCCUGCAAACAUUACUCUUUUGCGUGGAAAUCAUGAAAGCAGGCAACUAACCCAGGUAUAUGGUUUUUAUGAUGAGUGUCAGAGGAAGUAUGGAAAUGCUAAUGCAUGGCGAUACUGCACCGAUGUUUUUGAUUUCCUCACUCUGUCAGCAAUCAUCGAUGGAACUGUCCUUUGUGUCCAUGGAGGUCUUUCUCCUGAUGUUCGAACAAUUGACCAGAUGCGGGUCAUUGAGAGGAAUUGUGAGAUCCCCCAUGAAGGGCCCUUUUGUGAUCUCAUGUGGAGUGAUCCAGAAGAGAUUGAAACGUGGGCUGUUAGUCCACGGGGUGCGGGUUGGCUUUUUGGAUCUAGGGUUACAUCAGAGUUCAAUCAUGUAAACAACCUAAAUCUGGUUUGUCGGGCACACCAGCUUGUCCAAGAAGGCCUCAAGUACAUGUUUCAAGAUAAAGGCCUCGUUACUGUGUGGUCCGCACCAAAUUACUGUUAUCGAUGUGGGAACGUAGCUUCUAUAUUGAGCUUUAAUGAAAACAUGGAGAGGGAGGUGAAGUUUUUCACAGAAACUGAAGAGAAUAAUCAGAUGAGAGGGCCCAGGUCAGGAGUCCCCUAUUUCUUGUGAAGAGGAUCCAAUUAUCGCUAUCUUCACAAGUUCUGACACUCAUAUCAAGUUAUAAAGCUAUGCUGAAUAUCCGGCGGUCCAUGCUUCUGGGAAGAAAGGGAAAUUGAAAGAAGAGAGCCUUGAAAACCUGUGGUUGCAGAAGUCUCAACGUUGUUUUCAGUUGCACGAUGAUCGUCGGAGCUUUUAACCCGCUCUGUGGUUUAGAUAUCUCAUGUUGUACAUUAUGGCUUUCAUUGUUGUUGAUGCGUGCGCUAUGUUUUUCAUGUAGCGCCUGAUUUUUUGGGAGCAAUGCCCCUGUGACUAGUGCUUGGGUGGCUUUGGUGGACUUCCAGUAGGUAGCUGAUGGAAAGCGGUGGAACGUUUCUAGGUCUGGCCUGCCUGCUUUCUGCCACUGAAUUUGGUAACUCAGAAUCUUGUCCAAUUUAUGGUGCUGAAGCUGGUGGUGGAUAUUUGAAUCUAUUAUUUUCAAGUGUUGUGCAGUAUGAUAUUUUAGUAGCUAUUUUCUUGGAGAAAUCUGACUCCGGUGCCUCACUAUGAUUUGUGCCCCUGCACUCAAAAUGGACAUGCAGCUAAUGAUCAACGAUCUGGACUGUUCAUUAUGUGGACUAGAUGGAUUACUUACUGAAAGACACGGGACUUUUUCCUGUUCAUUGA